CCGCCCCCCGGAAGGUCUCCCGCGGGUCGUCCGCCGCCGGCUGCCGCCAUGUACCGGCCGGGCUUCCGGCCCCCCACGCCCCCUUGCUCCGGCGGCUUCCGCGGCCCCCACCCGGACAGAGGAGGAGGAGGCGGGCCCCCCUUCGCGGGCUCCCCUCAGGGCUACGGGAGCCCCCGGCACACGCCCCCCUACGGCCCCCGCGCGCGGCCCUACGACUUCGGGGGGCCCUCGCCGCGCAGGCCCCGCAGCGCCAGCCCCGCCGGCGGAGGCUACGCUCCCUACGGCGGGGGCGGCAGGUCCCCCGGAGGAGGAGCCUUCCAGCAGCAGCAGCCGCCGCCUUUCAAGCAGCCGCACUCCGGGGGCUUCCGGAGAUUCAGCCAGGUAGGGAAGCAGCCGGGUCCCAUCCCAUGGCUGCGGGGGGGGGGCGGGGUUGACUGGAUGACCCUUGGGAACCCUUUCCAACUCUGCCAUCGGAAUAAUAGAACUGUAGAAAGGGGUCCCGAUUUACGUAUAAGCUAAAUAAGAAGCUAUACAGGGCCCCACUCUCUUGCUCCCCCCCAGAAAAAUUCACUAUUAAUAUACUUCUUCCUAAUUCUAUUUCAGUUCAACAAUUGCUUUGAUAAAAUACAUACUUUGUUAUGCGCAAAUGGCUUUAGAUACCUGUUAGGUCCAUACAUUUGGACCUGAAACAGUGGAGCCUCAAAUUUUGUACCGCUCUGGUUUCGUUACUUUCAGGUUACGAACCCAGCAAACGUUCGCAGAAGCAACACCUCUAGUUUUUUGGGGUGUGCACAGACCCGCAGAAUGAAUUCAGUUCGUAUCUGGAGGGUCCACUGUAUGUUCAGCACAAAAAGCAGCAACAAUUUGUUGUUGACAAAGGACAGCUGGACAUAUAAAGGGCCCCAUUACCUUCAGUAGCUGAGGGCCUCAUCAAACCUGAAUCUGGCCCUGCCAAGGUCAUCUAGUCCAACCCCCUGCCAUGCAGGAAAAUCUCAGCUGAAGCAUCCAUGACCGAUGGAACUCACCAAACCUCUUCCUAAAUACCUCCAAGGAAGGAGAGUCCGCUACCUCCUGAGGGAGACGGUUUUGCAAAUUGGUGACAAAUCAUCUGCAGCCUGGUUACUAGAGAGGAGAAAUUGAAUGUAGUACAGUAUCUGACAAGCUGGUCAAUUCCAAAGUUUUGCAUUGUUUUCUAAAUGCAAGUAAAAUAAAUGUGUUGAAUUUGAUCCCUCUCUUGGUGGCUAUUGCGUGGCCCUUCAGAUGUGGAGUACAGCUCCUAUCAUUCCUGGGAGUUUGAGUUCCAACCGCACUCCUGUGCUGAAACAUCAGAAAGUUUUCUGAAACAAACAGAAAGUUUUCCAGUUAAAGAUUUCCUGAAAAAUAUGUGUCACUGGCCAUUGCAGGCCCAAGUUGCCACAAAAGUCUUGGAGGCAAGUGUUGGCUCUUUAUACCAAUUAGCAAAGAGCCAAGUAAGAAAAAUUAUUUUAUUAGACCAACUGAUAAAUGCAAGUUCUAAACUUUAAGAAAUACUAAAUAGGUUUGAAAUCAAACCUAACCAGUGGUGCUUAGUAAUAUAUUAACAAAACAAAAAUGAACUCAUAAGUAGGAGCUGCUAUAAUUGGAUUAAAACACGUGCUUGUUUUCCAAACCAGCCAAAUUAAGACACUGUUAAUUUAGCAAGACUGGGAAGAAAAUUGAUGAACUGAUGAAAGUUUGUUGUUUGAAAAUUAAGUGCUCCUAGUUUAAAAUGGGAAACGUAGUUUCUGAGACUAUAACAGCUGUAUUCCACUGAUUUAUAUAGAACAUAAUCCACUCCCUGUAGCUGUGGUUCAUAGAAUCUAAAAUGGAUACUUACGUUGUGAGCUUUCUACCUGGAAGGUAUCUAACUUGUAUUGUAUAAUACAGUCGUACCUUGGAAGUCAAAUGGAAUCAGUUCGGGUAGUCCAUUCGACUUCCAAAACCAAAGCAUGGCUUCUGAUUGGCUGCAGGAAGCUCCUGCACCUGAGAGAGCAUAUGCGUGGGUCUUUCCAAACCUGAAUUACACAAAUGUUGCAUUCAAAGCCCAGCUGGCUGCUUGCUGUCAUUCCCAUAAAUUGUAUCCAACAGACGGUUCACAAGGCUUACACCACUCACAGGGAUUUAUCAGGCUUCCCUCCCACUGCAGCCUCUUGUGCCUCCAUCGGAAUCAGGGUACCCUUGAAGCAAUAUGAGAUUGUCACAAGUGGCACCUGGAAAUGGAAAUCUGAGAAAUGCCACGACACUGAAAGCCCUUGAGUACCAGCCAAUUUCUUUUGAACAUUAAAAGAUGCAGCUGUUUAUAACCUUCUGUACUUGCUUUAAUACAGACCUACUAUUUGCACCUUCUGUAGUCACAGAAUUUACACUAUAUUAUGUUCUAAGACAAACAAAAUACAAAUUACCACAGCACUUUAAAACAUCUGUUUACAUGGACAGCUAGUGAUUAAUCUAUACAAAAUAAACUUGUUUUAAAAGAAAAACAAUAACUUAUAGCAUUUAGCUGGUCUUGAACACCUUCUGAAAGCUCGGCAUCUAAUUAGACUGUUUACUCCUUUUCCUCAUGGCUUUUCUCUCAAAGGGAUCACCCAGGACAUCUACCCCAUUGGGAACACCACAUGGUAGAGAGAAAAGAGUGUCUAAUGAUGAUGUGGAAAACUAUUACAAACCUUCAAUGCUUGAAGACCCCUGGGCUGGCCUAGAGCCCGUAUCCGUUACGGAUGUUAACCAGCAGUACAGCAGUGAGCAAACCACAUACACUGGCAAAAAGGGGAGGUAUUUCAGUUAACAUUUAUGCAAGUGAAAAAACAACUGUGAGAAAACUGGGCCAACCUUCAUACGUAAGAUGGCAAGUAAUAAAGAACUUAGAAAAUGCUUUUAUUUGAACUGACCAUAUGGAAGUGGGACAUCCGCCUAUGGAAAGCAAAGUAUUCUUUAGUCACCAGCAAAUCAGUCUGUGUCAGUUUCUUAUAUUCAUCUCUUCCAUGCCAUAUUAUACAAUAUUAACCCAAGAAAGUGGUAUAUUUUAGAUUUGAACAUUUUUAGAACAAAGUUUUAAAAUAAAGUAAAUGUUUUGUAAAACUCACAAAUGCUUACUGCUUUUUGUUAAGUCAUACUAGAGGUAAUGCUAUUGAAAUUUCUUGCAGCCUGUAAAUAUAUGCAGGUUAUAUAAGCUAUUAUACAAUAUCUGCUAAAAUUGUUUAACAUUAGAAUUGCCAAUUUUGCAACCUCUUCUGUUCAGAAAGUCAUCUAUACCUAUAUAUUUUCGUAUUGAAAAAUUCUAUUUGGGAACAAAACUUUACUAAUUUGUAACAAAAGACCACUUUAUAAAAAUCCAUGUUGAACCUGCGUACAAAAAUUACCUUAUUUAAAUAAGCCACUAAGUAGAACUGGGUAAACCUAGGGGCAAGUAAGUUUUGUGCACCUGAUAAAUACACUGCUUCUAUCAGUUUUUCAAAUGUCACCUUUCAUUAGGACUUUUAUUUAGGAGUACAAGAUGACUGGGCUUUGCUAGUUUGGUUUUUGCUCUACAUUUCAAAAGCAGAUUAAUAGGGAACGAAAUAAGUUAGUGCAAAAUCUUUAACUUGAGUCUGAUUAUUUUUUGAAACCUCACAAUAAUACAUUUUGUGCUACUUGGCUUUGUAGACACUUGAGUAACUGGACUUGCUUCAGUUAAAAAAAAAAUGCCGCUUUUCAUGACUUUAUUUCUGUAGCCUUCAUGGUGGAUUUAUUCACCAGCUGUGCUUAUAACUUCUGGACUACUUAUUUUAUAUUACUGCUGCUACACCAGCAGGAAUGGAAAGUAUAAACAUUCACAUUUUUCCUAAUUUAAAUCUAAUGGAGGAAUUAAAUAUUUUAAUAAGGAAAGGAAAUCUAGCAAUGAGUUGGUUAUGCAUAUAAUUUAGAGGUGCAUUCAGACAACACUUAUUUUUUUUUAGCUCACCCCCCAAAUAGAUUUACUUCUAAAAAAGGAUUUAGAGGUUUGCGUACAGAGCUGUUGGAUAAUGUCCAAUGCCUAUGAUGCAGCGUUCUCUGUGUAGCGGGCUAAAUUGUGAACUUCAAAAGCUACAGAGGGUAUGUAUGUAAAAGUGUAUCAGCACAGUUUAAUGUUUAGUACUUUUUAGAAAUCAAAUAACCAACUGUUUUGGAUUUCUAUAAUACAAAAUGUUCCCAAAGGGUAUGGAUUUGAUUUGAUUUGAUUUUGAUUUUUUAAAUAAAGAUGCUGUUGAAAUCGAAGCAUCAGUUCUACAUUGUUUUGGGACAAGUCUUUUCACAAUAAACACAUCCCAUUUCCCGGUAUGAUUACUCAUGAGUCACGUGCAUUUGCUAGUCAUUGAAACCAGAUUAGCCUUCUGAAAUCGGAGUAAGCAAUUAGCAGUGCCAAUAACCUGCAUUAACAACAUAUAAUCUUAAACUACUAAAGCUUGUGUUUAUAUGCAAUAUAAGGCUGUGGAAAUUGCUGACAAGCAUCUCAUCACAUGGGAGCUGUAACAUUUGAACAGCUGCCAUCUAUGUUACUGGUGGAUUUUAAGUGUUCCAAUGAACCUGCAGCCCCCUUCUACUUGUUUAGCCAAUUCAUGUGAGUAAUCUCUCCUUUUAUUCUUAAAUAAACUGAAUUUAAUACAACUGUAUCAUUUGAGAAGCAAUUAAAAAUGAUUUACAAUUGAGUUUAAUGCAAGGUAACUUGAUUUACAGGAAAUAACUAAUGCAAAUAGUAGGUGCUAUAUGGCAGUGUGGUUAGCAGCUACCCCAGUAUUGAAUAAGGUAUGCCUUAAACACUGUUGGGUUAUUAAACUAACCCAUUUUCAACGUCUCAUAGAAAUGUAGAUUUGGAAGUCCAACUUCCUGCAAUGCAGAAAUCUCAAUUAGAUCACACACGGCAGACGGCCAUCCAACCUCUGCUUAAAAUCCUCCAAGGAAGGAGAAUCCUCCAGCGACCAUCCACUAGAAGAGAAUUAGGGUGGAAAGGCUAAGGUAAACUGAGGGUGUGUGGAGGCUAAAUUAUAAGCAAGUGCAUUAUGAAGAUGUUCAACAUGUUUACUGUUUACGUCAGGGGUUGUAAACAACCCGUGUUUUUUGCCCAGAGGCUUGCAUUCAGUUUUGGCCAGCCCUCGAGGGACUGCAUGACAACACCUGCUGUGACUACACACACACACAGACACACAGGUCCUCUUCUUGAACUAAUCCAUGCAGAUCAGAUGAGAAGGGAAGAUUAUCACCAAUCUGAUGACAAAGGGCAGUCCCUGCAACUUUAUACAAUCUCCACCAAUCACCGUGCUGUCUCUACUUAAAAGCAAGCUUUUGCCAGCUCCAGAAGGGGUGAGGGGGCAUAAGCAGAAGUUUCUGUACGGAAUAUUUAUUCCCAAAUAUUUAUCCUCAAGUGUAAUUCAGCAAUAAUAAAGACGUUUUUCCUGGGCGUAAUCCCUCUCAGCCUAGCAGUAAGGAGGCAGGAUGGAGGGUCCCAUAGUGUCAUCAAGGAAC